AUGUAUAGUAAUAAUAGUGAUAAGAUCAAUAAUCAUAGUGAUAAAAGAAGAACUGAAUUCUUUAAAAGUAUACUAAACAAUAAGUAUCCAAGAACAAAGAUAUUUAAAGAUGUUGAGAUUAUUCAUGACAUGUUGUACUCAUGUGAUGGUGGUCAAGGUCAACCGAUGAUCUACAGAUUAAAGUCACAUGAGAUCAUUAGUUUAGAAGAAUUUAUCAUUCCACCAUUCUAUCCAACAUCUAAUCGUAGUCAAAUAUCCAAUACUAUUGAUAGAGUCAUCCAAAACUAUUCAAGAUUUUAUAAUGGUCCUGAAAGAGAUCAAUAUCAAAUGCAACCAUUGCGAUUGUACAAUCCAAACAACAUCCACACCAGUCGAGAUCCAUUCAACACCUAUUAUAUCAUCUCUAAAUAUAGACAUGAUCCACAAUUCAAUCAAAUAAUCAAUUUUAAUGAUUUUGAUAUCAAUCAAUUUUACAACAAAAAUCAAUCAAUUGGAUUAAUUCCAUUUAUCUUUGAAUAA